CUGGCAGUUACUAGGCGCCCACAGAUUUGCGCUGAUGUGGCCUAACGGACGCACGCGCCGCGAGGCGCGGCCAGCUCCGCAGUAGCCAGCUGGGAACACGCGCCAGGAGCCUGCGCGGAAGCCCAUAAGGGCUCAGGCGUAGUUUCCGUGCAAUGGCGGAGAAGCGAGGCCACAAUCAGGAUACAGGUCUCUAUCCGUCGGUUCUGUUCCUGCAUCCGGACCUGGGCGUGGGCGGGGCCGAGCGGCUCGUGCUGGAUGCGGCGCUGGCGCUGCAGGAGCGCGGAUGCAGCGUGCAGAUCUGGACAGCGCACUACGACCCGGGCCACUGUUUCGCCGAGAGCUGCGAGCUGCCUGUGCGCUGCGCGGGCGACUGGCUGCCGCGCAGCCUGGGCUGGGGCGGCCGUGGCGCCGCCGUCUGCGCCUACGUGCGCAUGAUCUACCUGGCGCUCUAUGUGCUCUUCCUCGGCGAUGAGGAGUUCGACGUGGUCCUGUGCGACCAGGUGUCUGCCUGUAUCCCAGUGUUCAAGCUGGCCAGACGGCGUAAGAAGAUCCUGUUUUACUGUCACUUCCCAGAUCUGCUGCUCACCAGGAGAGAUUCUUUUCUUAAACGUCUAUACAGGGCCCCGAUUGACUGGAUAGAGGAAUAUACCACAGGCAUGGCAGACUGCAUCUUGGUCAACAGCCAGUUCACAGCUGCCAUUUUUAAAGAAACAUUCAAAUCCUUGUCUCACAUAGACCCUGAUGUCCUCUACCCAUCUCUGAAUGUCACCAGCUUUGACUCAGCUGUUCCUGAAAAGCUCGAUGACCUAGUCCCCAAGGGGAAAGAAUUCCUGUUCCUCUCCAUCAACAGAUAUGAAAGGAAGAAAAACCUGACUUUGGCACUGGAAGCCCUCGUAAAGCUGCGUGGAAGACUGACAUCCCAAGACUGGGACAAGGUUCAUCUGAUUAUGGCAGGUGGUUACGACAAGAGAGUCCUGGAGAAUGUGGAACACUAUCAGGAAUUGAAGACAAUGGUCCAGCAGUUUGACCUUGGCCAGUAUGUGACCUUCCUGCGGUCUUUCUCAGACAAACAGAAAAUCUCACUGCUCCAUGGCUGUACCUGUGUGCUCUACACACCAAGAAAUGAGCACUUUGGCAUCGUCCCCUUGGAGGCCAUGUACAUGCAGUGCCCGGUCAUUGCUGUUAACUCAGGAGGGCCUUUGGAGUCCAUCACACACAGUGUCACAGGGUUUCUGUGUGAGCCUGACCCAGUGCACUUUGCAGAAGCAGUGGAAAAGUUUAUCCAUGAACCUUCCUUAAAAGCCACAAUGGGACUGGCUGGAAGAGCCAGGGUGAAAGAAAAGUUUUCCCCUGAAGCUUUUAAAGAGCAACUCUACCAAUAUGUCACCAAACUGCUGGUAUAAUGAAAUUUUUAAAGACUUUAUGCUGUGUCUUAUCAUUUUUGUAGAUCAUAGACCCAGUUUUGAAACCAAAAAUGAAACCUAGAAUCUAGUGCAGAAGAAAUUUAAAAAAAUAAAUAAAUAUACUUGAAUCUGAGCCACCUUCCUAUACACCACACCUCCCUGCCUACUUUUUCAGGAAACCAGUAUCUUUUGUGCUGUAAUUAUUCCAAGUCAUACCAGUGUUGAUUAAGGUAAAAAUGUGGUGCAAUCCCAUGUUCAGCAGAAUAUUUAAUUAUAGUUUCUCUGGAUCAUUGUUCUGCCUAUAAAUUUGGCGUCAUAUUGUGCCUUACUUAGUUUUGAUCAUUUAGGUGUAUCAUAAUUAAAGUUGAUCAAUUUGGCUUCAUAGCUUAAUGAGAACAGGAUCACUGUACUUCCUGAAUCAACCCUCCUACCUACAUGGUCACUGUCCUCUGUUUGGAAAUUUUUGUUAGUCAUUCCUCUGCCUGGAUCCAGAGCAAGAAUAAGUAUUUUUUUACAAAGAUGAUUUGUUAUGUUUUUUGCACACUGAGAUGUGACCAAAAAGAUGUUUGUCUUAGAAAAAGACAAUAAAAUAUCCAUUUUGGGCCUCUG